AUGCAAGUCGGAUGGUGGUGGUGUUUGAAACGUACGUGCUGUUGGUUUGCCAUCCUGUGCGUGCUGGUUGUCGGUUGGCUCUAUUCGGAACAUUUGUUCAGAGAUCGUCUCCGAGAACAUCAUCAGCGAUUUUCAAAAGGAUUGGAUCCCGAAGAAUUGGAUUAUAUUAUUGUGGGAAGUGGAUCUGCUGGUUCGGUUCUUGCUAAUCGUUUAUCAUCAACAACAAGGCCAGAAUUUAAGAACAACAACCACUCGGCAUCUACAGUAUUAUUAUUGGAAGCUGGAAAAUCAGAUAAUACACCACUUGCACACUUUUCCUUUCUCUACGCUUUUACUUUUUUGAGUUCGUUUGAUUGGCAAUAUUUCACCAUCGAUUCGGAAUCGGAAAUUAAUAAGGGACAUGUAUUGAGGAAAAUGUAUUGGCCUAGAGGGAAAAUACUUGGUGGAUGUUCCUCAACAAAUGCAAUGAUUUACAUGAGAGGAAGUCCACAAGAUUAUGAUUCGUGGAAUGAAUGUGAAUGGAAUGGAAAAAGCAACAUUUGGAAUUUUGAAAAUGUUUUGAAUUAUUUCAAAAAAUCGCAACGUCAAUUAGGAAAUGCACAAAAAUUCCAUGAUGACUAUCAUGGAAGAGAGGGUGAGUGGAUCGUUAAAAGUCACGACGAAAAUGAGAUCGUUUCGGUUAUUAAACCGAUUGUGAGAGCAAUUAGUAAGGUUUUAUCGAUUCCAAUCAUUGAUGAUUUCAACAAUCCUCAACACACUCAUCCUGACACUGAAUCAGAGGAGGUCCAUUUUGGAGCAGUUGGAACCACUCAAGUUCAUAUUCACAAUGGAAGACGUUUUAGCGUAGUAGACGCUUUCCUUAAUGACCAAGUUUUGAAAAGAGAAAACUUAUUUGUGAGGACACAAGCACAUGUAAAUCGAAUUCUGUUUAAUGGCACUCGUGCAAUUGGAGUUGAGUAUUUCGAUGAACGAAUGAAGAAGUAUAUCAUUAAGAAAGCUAGAAAGGAAGUUAUUUUAUCAGGAGGAGCUAUUAAUACACCAAAAUUGUUACUAUUGUCUGGAAUUGGUGAUGCAACUCAACUGAAAAUGCAUAACAUUUCUGUAAUUUAUAAUAAUCCUAAUGUUGGGAGACAUUUACAGGAUCAUGUAGCAACAUAUAUUCCAUUCUACCUAACAACUAAGGUUGAGAGCUUUUUAUCUUCCAUACUUUCCAAUCCACUGAUGGAGAUUUUCAAUUUAUUGGUCCAUAAAAAGGGAAAGCUGACAACGAAUGGAGUAGAGCUGAACACUCUGUUAAAAACCAAACAGUGUGAUAACGACAGAGUUUUGAAAUACACUCCUUCUCGAUGGGACGUGUCGCAACAAACAUGUUAUGACAAACAUCAUUGCUAUUCACAUGAUAUUCAAAUUCAUGGAGCUCCAACAAUCGUUUAUGAAAGUGGAAAAUUUGAGAUACAUCAACAUGGAUAUACAUUUAUUCCUUUACUUUUACAACCAAAAAGUAGAGGAACUGUUAAACUUAAGAGCAAUAAUCCUUUUGAUUAUCCUACCAUUGACUCGAACUUUCUUGGUCAUGAACAUGACAAACACACUCUUGCAGAAGCUGUUCGACUUUGUUUGUUAGUUGCUGGAGAAUUGAGGAGAGAGAAUGUGAUUUUAGAACCAACCCAUAAGGUCAAAGAGCUCAUUCAAAAGCUCAAUUCUUCCAAUUCAGAAGCAGAGAAGAGGAACCAUUUAAUUAGAUAUGCACUGGACAAUGUGGACCUAAUUUAUCAUCCAACAGGUACCUGUCGAAUGAGUCACAAUAGCGAGUAUGGAGUGGUGGAUGAACAGUUGCGAGUGUUUGGAGUGCAAAACUUGAGGAUUGUAGAUGCUUCUGUAAUGCCAUCGAUUGUGAGAGGUAAUACUCAAGCGCCUGUUGUAAUGAUUGCUGAAAUAGCGUCAGAUUUGAUUCUUUCAGAUAAUGGAAGGUGA